GAAAAGCUCAAUGAAACACGCUGCUCUUGACUAGUGCGCACUCAGUGCGCACUAGUGUGCGAGCGUGUCACGGAAAAAUCAGAGUAGACGAGCGUGUGGGACUUACGCGUUUUGCGAAGUGGAGCGUGCCGACGAAGGCGAGCAGCAAAUGCGAAUAGAACGUUCGAUCAGCGUUUUACUCGAUUUUAUCGUGAGGCGAUACUUCAAAGAUAAAAAACCAAAGAUAAGAAGAACGUACGCCGUCAGAACAUGAACGCUAGUCUCUGAACGUUCGCGUUUGUUGUUCAUUCGUAGAUGUAUACCCAGCUUAACAUUUGCAUCCAAGUUACUUGUUGUAGUUGUUGGAACUCAAUAGAUAUGUACUAAUGACUCUAAUAAUAACUAUUGUAUCAAUCGCAAUAGAAACGUGUUGCGUAUCUUGUCGUAUAAUAUGUUUCUUUCUUCGAGUGAGUUUUAGUCAUCGAAUAAUUGCUCGAUGGUGAUUGAUAGAAUCCUUGAUACAUUUCUUGUUUUAUUAAUCGAGUGAGUGAAAUGCAAAAUAUGUGAAAUCUGGCAAGUGAAACUUGCAUGUUUUUUUCAUCACGUGGUGCAAUCAGUUUUCGAUAAACAUGAAGGGAACGUAUGUAAAAAAGUGAAAGAAAAUAGAUAGUUAAGUGGCAGCCAAAGAGAGGAAACAUGCAGAUUUGGAGCGUACCGUGCACCAGUAGGGUCCGUUUGGAUGGCAAAAUUGCUGUUAUAACAGGUGCAAAUAGUGGAAUCGGCAAGGAGACUGCUAGAGAUUUUUACAGAAGAGGUGCAAGAGUAAUCCUGGCCUGCAGAAAUGUUGAGAAAGCGAAUGCCGCAAUAAAUGAUAUAAAAAGUAAGCCGUUUCGCAGUUCUCGAAAUGAAAAAUUGGAAGGCAAGCUAGGCCAUCUCGUGGUCUAUCCGCUGGAUCUCUCUAGUCUUCAAAGCGUAAGAGAAUGUGCUCAGAUGAUAUUGGCGAAAGAACCGGCCAUUCAUAUAUUAGUAAAUAAUGCCGGUAUAAUGUUUGCACCAUAUGAGAUAACUGAAGAUGGAUUCGAGAUACAGUUGCAAUCGAAUUAUCUUGGACAUUUCCUCUUAACGUUGUUAUUAUUGCCGAAAAUACAAUCGUCCAGUCCUGAUUGCAGGAUUGUCAACGUAUCAUCUGUAGGUCAUAUGUUUGGCAAAAUACAUUUUAAUGAUAUGAAUCUCGAAAAAUCGUGGUCGUACAUCCGUCCUUGGAAAGCAUAUCUGCAAAGCAAACUGGCCAACAUACUAUUUACGAAGGAACUUGAACAUCGAUUGAAAAAUGCGAACAUUAGCGGAAUAAAUACAUACUCUUUACAUCCUGGUGUCAUAAAAACCGAAUUGGGUCGAAGCUUUAAUAGCACGAUAAUUCCGGGUUCAACAUUAUUCUAUAAAUAUGUUAUGUACCCAUUCAUCAAAUCUCCUGAACAAGGAGCUCAAACAACGAUACACUGUGCGGUUGAUGAAAAAGUGGCUAAUGAGACUGGUCUCUAUUACUCAGAAUGUCAAGUUACCAGACCGAGUUGUAGUGCAACCGAUGACCAAGUAGCUAAAGAUUUAUGGAAUCACACUUGUCAGCUUCUGGAUUUAGAACUUAAUGAAAACUUUUCUGUAUUUUUGGAAAAUGUCUCGCACCAAUUUGAUGAGGUGAUACAUCUUUGAAUCGUGGGUAACACACAUGAUUUUCUGUAUUUGACACAUUUUUAUGUUUAUAUGCACAAAAUCCGUAGAAAUAUAAAGAAUGGUGAUGGAAUAUACGGUGUCUGUACACAUACAUAUAUGAAUUUGAUGUAUAAAAGUAUUCUUAAUAUGUUUCAACAAAAUAAAUGGUAAAAUUAAUGUAAUAUGUUACAUCUCUUUUGAGAUGCUUGCAAUGGCACAGUUAAAAAGAAGAAAAUAAUAACAGUCAUAAAACACUGUAAACAUUAAACGUCUAAAACAAUUAUGUAUGAUGUAUUGUACAGGGUGUACUAAAACCACCGGAUAUCCUUUUA